CAAUAUCCUAGAAUGAACGAAGAAGCUCGAAAUAUCAUAAAGGAUCAUAAAAAUCCUUUAACAAAGUUGGGGUUAAUCGGGCCAAAAUUAUUUUUAAAAGAUUCUAGUCAGGAAGCACAAGAAAAAGUUUCAAAUAACUUAAAGAAUUUAAAAAUUAUAUUAAUGCAUCAAAAAGUUGAGAGAAGAUGUGGUCGAGCAAAAGCAGAAUGGAACCCCUCUCUCAAUUUGGCCAAAGUAAAUAAAGUUGUUAAAGGUCUGUUAGAACAUUUUGGAUAUCAAGACAAGAGUGGUAUUUAUAUGUACCCAGAAGAAAUGUUAUAUUUAGUUGAAACAAAUAGAAUGGAGAUUUCAUUAAAUGAAGUUCCUUUAUCAGUUCAAGAAUGUUAUGAUAUUAUGCUAAAUUUACCAGAGUUUACCCUAAAUAAAUACAGAGUUUAUAAGAAACUAAUGUCACAAGGCUAUAGAGUAGUAAGAUUUAGUGAAAUAACAAGAAGAAAAGGUAAAAAAACUAAAGAAAAUGAGAAUUCCAAUGAGAAAAAAAGGGGACUAGAAGAAACUGAAAACAAAGCAACUGAAUUAAAAAAAAUUAAAAUUGUUUCUUCAAAUGAGAGACUUGAAUUUAAGAAGAAAGAAAUUAAUAAAAUUUUCGAGGAACUCAGAAAAAAAGCCCCCCAAAGUUAUGUACCUAAUAAAAACGAAGAACCAACACCUGAUUUUUGCCUUUUCUUGGCAAGUAAUAGUAAUAGGAUUAAUUGGGAUUAUAACUUGUAUGUUAGUGAAAAAUAUGCUUUAGAUGACCUGAAGACUGAUCAUCCAUCAAUAUAUGCCAUUUGUAGUGGAGAUAAUAUUUCACUUUACAAAAUUGGGACAGUCAACAUCCCAUGUAAUAUAUACACAUAAUUUAAUUGUAAAAGGC